AUGCAGCCUAUGAGCCACGGCCAGACUUCACAGUGCCCAUCUAUCUGGCAACUGGAACUUCAGUCUCAUACAUUUGAUCUUCCCUUCAUAGGCCAAAGGUUGGGUGACGACGGCAAUCACUACAACUUAUACAGUUCUGUAACUGAUGAUAGCGACUCCGUUGUUCAUCUCGCACUUCAUCCUAUGGGCUAUGAACCUGUUCAUGUUGUGGGAUUGCCCAUUCUCGACUUCACAUCUUUCCCGCCGAUGCCGGAUAUCGUGUUUGAUCUGACACAGACGCCUUUCAUACCACAAGACCCGGGUAUGGUCGCACCUCGUUCCAGCUGUGAAUUGUCUGUGCGGUCUCCCGCUGUCAAUCGUUUGUGUUACAACCCUAUUGCUGUUACAUCUCGCGCGCAUAGUUUUACCGCCGACUCUUCAGAGUCGGGUUUGGUCGCAUCUAGCUCGAUCAUUGGCUCAUCCAUAGUGGAGACUUCCUAUAUGGGUUCCUCCCCUUAUCCGGCAAGCGGAGGUGAUGCCAAGGCCAAAUCGACUGGUGCCAAGCACAAACUCACACUAACCAAUAUCAUAGCUGACUACCCCAACUGGGGAAAGGCUCUUUCCACCCUUCGUUGCAUGUUACGAGUCCUUGUGUGCCAUGGAGAUUCUCCCAAUCUGUUCUUACUUGUCAUGGCCGAUUAUUCUACAGAGCGAAAGGCGCUGAUUAGUUCCCUUUGGUCCAAUACUCUGAUUAGGUGUGAUUUGGAGAAGAAGGACUUGGAAAAGAUAGUUACCACAGCAGACAAUAAAGUCAUGUCUGAGGCGGACAUCCUCGCUCUCGGCAACCCUUGGUUCACUCUUUGGAUGUAUGACAACAAGUGUCAUGCGUCUACAUCAAUCAGGACCAGUCGCGCUGGCUUCGACCUCAGACAUAUCUUCGGAAUUGCGCUACAUGAUAAAGUCAUGUCCAUCAUAAUGAAGCUGAUGCCCCCACAGUCAAAUCGCCUUCCGCUCGCCAUUAAUGGUUUGGUGUGGUUCCUCCGCGAACAAAUCACAACAGAGAUGGUUUACCAUGUAGUCUUCCGGCAGAACACCAAACCAGGUCAUCGGAUUUGUCUCGCUGACCUGGAUCCCGUAGCCUUUAGGCAGGCGGCAUACCCGCCCGUGGCCACCUUGUCCUUAGUCGUAACCUCUUGUUACGAUGUCUUGUUAGACUCCUUUGACGACGAAGUCAAAGACUCCUCUGAGUUUACAUCUCCAAGCCAGAUGCAUAUGCAAAUUUGCGAGACACUUCCCAUGCUAUUCGAACAAUCUGACGACCCGGACCACACGACAUUCAUGACCUCUAUGAACGCAUUAUGUGACAUCAAGAAGGGCGAUGUCCAACGGGUUAGCCGGCCUAGGCGCGGAAAGAAGAAAGUGAUUACCUAA